UUAAUUGUUAAAACUUAAACCUCACAUUGUCGGAUUCCGAAAAUGUCUCUCGAGUUUCCGUAGAUCAUGGCCUCAUCGCCUUCUUCAUCAUCUCCGACGCCUGAUGCGACGGAAGAGGAGCUGACACUAAUAGUGAAAGUGGAGUGGGAAGGAGCACACCAACGUCUUGCCCAAGCGCCAGAAGCAAGCUCUCCGAUGACUCGCUGUUGCUCUCUCAGAUCCCACUCAAGCCCUCUCUCAAGAUGACAAUGAUCGGUACUAUGGAAGAUGAUAUAAUCGUAGAUCAAGUAACGUCUCAGGACAUUGUUGAUGACUUUGAGCUUGGUAAGGACGAAGUGGUUGAUGUUAAAGACAAAGAGCUUAACAAGCAGAAGCUUAGGAGAAGAGUUGAUCAGUGCAAGGUCUGUUCUAGUGUCAUUGAAACAAACAAGAGUCUUAUUAGUACAAGAUGAUGAGAUCAAUGUGUUCUGUUCACUUUUGGAGUUUGGUAGUUACGUUCAUAUCUUUAGGUGUGUGUUGUCUGAAUAACGAAUGAUGUCUGAAAUAUAGUAGUAGCUUGUAAAUGGUUAGUGAUUUAAGCUUUCCUUGUGUGUGAUUUGCAGAUUAAACUUGUUAAUCCAUGCCGCAAAGGCAAAAAGCUUCUUGUUCUAGAUAUUGACUACACUUUGUUUGAUCACCGUUACAGCUUAUGCGUCAUUGUAAGUAGUAUAUACUAAUCAUUGAUGGGUUUAAUAUAGCAGGCACACAUAACUUUCUUAGCCUUAUUGACAUCGUUUAGAUAUGUUGUUGCUGCCUACUUCGUAUGUUUUCUACUAAGCAAUAGGAUGAUUGCAGCAAGUUAAGAAAAUGCCAUAUAUUAAUAAUAUUUUUUGUUUAUAUCAAUGUUAAGAAAAUGAGUUUCUUUCUAUUUUAAGAGUACAUGCUGCAUACUUUAAGGUUUCUUAUUUUAGGAUUCAAAGAUUUGAUGUCUAAAAAUAGAACGAUGGAUAAAGGAAAGGAGAAUGAAGGCCUUAAGAGGGACAAAAAGACAUAAGCGCAAAACAUGGAGACCCUUUGGUUCAUUGUUUGGAAGAAGAAACAUCCUGAGGAUCAACUUCAAACUCUCUCUCUUUCUGUUCCAUUACGGUAAAAGUAAAACAAAGACAAACACUUUGUGUUUGAGGGAGGAUCAAUGGCGAAGAUGAGAGCUGAUGCUCCGGUGAUGCCUCCGGAGACUCUUCCCCGGAGCAGUGAGGUGGGAGAGAUUGACACACGUGCUCCCUUCCAAUCCGUUAGAGACGCCGUUAGUUUAUUCCGUCAAGUUAGCUUCCCAAAGCAGCAGCAACAACAACAACAACAGCGUCUCUCCUCCUCCACCUCCUCCUCUCAGGAUGCACCGGAUGUGUCGGCCGAAAAGGAGACACAGCUUCUGUUAGCAGAGCAAGAAAUGGAGAGAGUCCAGCUAUGUCUUGAUACCUCUGUCAAAGCCAAAGCCAAAGUUCUCUCUGACCUCGACUCUGCUCAGCGGAAGGCCGCUGAUUUGAGGGCUAAACUAGAAGCCACCAAACAGUCAAGAAAAUCCGCCAUCAUGACCAAACACACCAUGACUCAACGGUUAGAGCAGCUCCAAUCCGAAAACCAAGAAACAGAGAGCGUAAGAGAGGAUUACAUCUUAGCCACCGCAGAGCUGUUCAUGGCGAAGCGGGAGCUAAAGGAAAUAAAACAAGAAUUCAGCAUUACCGUUGAAGAAAGGUUAGCCGAGCUUCAGAAAGCAGAGGAAGCAGAGUGUUCAUCAGUGGUUAACUCCCGAAAGAUCAAAGACAUGACGGAGGAGAUAGCUGAGAUGCGCGACACUGUUCUGAGACUGAACACCGACGCUGAUAAGAAAAAGGAGGAAGAGGUAAAGAUAAACGAGAAGAGAAUGACUGCGAGGGAAGCUUACGCGGCAAGGAAGCGAGAAGCUGAGCAGAGGCUGGAGGAUCUGAGGCGAGAUUGUGAUCCUGAACUGAGGAAAGAGAUAGAUGAGCUAGCGGAGAUAUCCGCGGGUAACGAGCGUUUACAGGAGGAGAUUAAACUCGCUCGUGAGCUCAAAGAGGCCAAGAGCGAGAUGCAAGAGAUUUGCGAUGAAGAGAGAUCGUACAAAAGCUUGGUGGGGUCGCUGACGGUGGAGCUGGACGGAGUGCAAAGAGAGAACAGAGACCUGAAGGAAAAUGAGAAGGAGAGACGAGAAGUCGAGGAAGGAGAAUGGGUUGAAGCGAGCCGUAAGGUCGAAAAAAUCAUGCGUGAAGCAGAAGAAACAAGACAAGAAGCUGAAGAGAUGAGGAUGCACGUUGACGAACUCAGGAGAGAAGCAGCAGCCACACAUAUGUCGAUGGGCGAAGCAGUGAAACAGCUGGAGAUAGUUGGAAAAGCCGUGAAGAAAGCGAAAACGGCUGAGAAGAGAGCCGUGGAAGACAUGAGAGUGCUUACCGAUAAGAAGGAGAGUCUGACGCAGGACGAGCCUGACAAGAAGAUAAGGAUAUCGAUGAAAGAGUACGAGGAGUUGAGAGGGAGGCAUGAAGAGUCGGAGAGAAUGGUACAGUACAAAGCAAAAACGGUUGCUGCGCAGCUGGAAGAGAUCAACGCGAGCAGAGUAGAAGGGGAGAGAAUGUUGGAGGAGAAGUUGAAAGAGAUGGAAGAGGUGAAUGAUGCGAUUGAUGCUGCGUUGAGAAAUGCAGAGAUCGCAGAGGAAGCACAUUGCAUCGUCGAUGCUGAACUUAGAAAAUGGAAACCACAAGAGUUGUAGGAGAUGAUGAUGAUAUUGAUGGUUUAGGUGAUUAGGGUACUUACUAGAAUGUCCAUACUACCAUAUAUACAUAUGUUGAUAAUCUACUCAGAUUUGUUGAUAAGUGUAUUUAUACUGAAACAAAGACUUGAAACAUAAUUUUCAAGGCCAUCUCUCUUUUGUUGAUGUGAAAUUGAACAUAAUAUUGUAAUAGACUAGGAAAUGCAUACAAGAUACAACGACCAUUUGUCAAUUAUUGUCUCUCUCUUUUUU